UACGCCAAGGGCACUGUAGAAGAACUGAAGGUUCCAAAUUGUUCAACUAAUAUAUCUGUGACGAUGGAAUUAAGAAUGUAAUGAGUAUUAUAUGAUAUAAAAGGUUGAAUAUAAUUUUGAACUUGAAUUUAUGAAAAGUACAUAAACUACAUGAAGUAGUCAAAUGAAAGCAGGAUGAAAACGGGAGAGGGGUGCACGAUGUUUGUUUGUGUAUAUCACACUGCUAUUUAAAUGGAUCCUGAGAAUGGGUCCUUUUCUUCUUUAUGCCAUCGUCAAAUAGAAAGGAUUGAAUUUUGGUUGUAUCAUUCACAGGAGUUCUCUAGCAAGGUCUAGUAAGGUGCAACAUGACAAUACUGUGUUCUAUGGCUUCCAAAAGCUGCCACUAAUUGGCUCUCUGAAGAAAUCUUCAAAGUGGGUUUUGUGGGGCCUUAAUUAUGCACGUUGCUUUGAGCGACGUUCAGUGUCACUCACUCUACUUUCUGAUUCUGUAAGUGGGUAAGGUAGAAUCGCUUAUAAUUGUAUCACAAAACCAGUAAAAUUUUAAACAAAAUGCAAAGACGUUUCCUUUUCAUGUUCAUUGCUACUGACACCAGGGCUGCGGCUCCAGAGGAUUGUGUAAAUAAUGAAACUCUACUUUACACAAUAGUGAUAGUUCAUCAUAAUAUAAGAUCUUUUAAGUUUAUCCUUAGGUCAUUGUUUGGAAAUUUUAGAAAAUGUACUCCUAGACCCCAUCUCUAAUUCCUUCCCCACAGUGGCGUUGCCACGGGGUGUACUAGGGUAGACAUGUCCACCCCAGUUUUCCCAAAACCGGAGUUUCCUAUUUCUUGAAAUCAGGUGAAAAGCCUUUUGGGGGUGGGGGAGGGUUUUUUGAUCAGGUCAGUUUCGAUUUUCGUUCUCACAUACCCCACUUUACAAACAUGCAGCUUGAGAAAGUUGCUAACCAAAUAUUGGGAAGUAGAUCAACAAUACUAAAAAAGGCUUUUUCCACUUUUGAAAGGCGUGGUCAAGAAAUUUUUUAUCCACCCCAGUUUUUUCAGGCUAGCGACGCUACGGCUCAGUAAUUUUCCUCUUUCUACGGCCCUGCUCUUUCAGUGGCUGAUUUUCCUUUGUGUUAAUUAAGAAAUACUCUGCCAGUCUGUGAUGUUGUUAGGUAUUAGACAAAAGUUCAAGGAAAGGGCACCAAAUAUCAUACCUAAUUUGGACAAGAGAAGAAAAUCUUCCUUUGUUAGAAAUUACCUAAUAGUUUUGGCACGCCAGCUAAUUUCCAUUGAAUAAAGAAUAUUCAUUGUCAUGAUGUACUUUAUAAAAGCUAACCACUGCUGUGCGGCUCAGACUAUGGGUGUUUAAUGAAACCAAAAGAGCUAUUACGUGAGAGAGAGACAAGAAUAUUAGAUAAAUCGAGAUGUUUAGCAUAACGCAAUGCUUUGGUAUCAUUAUUUUUGCACUGUCGAUAAACGAUGUUACCAUGAAAUCGAUCCAUGUAUCACUGGAUGGAAGAGACCAUGAAGAGUGCGGAACUGUUGCAGUGCCAUGCCGACACAUCAGAUAUGCCGCCAUGAAAUCGAAAUAUGCGAAAGAUGAAAUUUCAGUCCACGGAUAUCACAAGCACAAGCAAGCCGUUUUUAUUGAGUCAAACAUCUUAUUGAAUAGAUCACUAACAAUUAAAGGUAUAGAAGGAAGACCUGCGAUUUUGUGCGAAAACUGCAGCAGCAUCCUGUCAUUUGGCGCUUCAAAAACUGACGGAGUAACUGUUUUCCUUGAAAAUCUUGCGUUUUUUAAAAGAAGGAACUCAGUGGCCAAAGUUCCUUAUCGUGGUCUUAUUAUUGCACAGGACGGGUCUUUAUACAUUAGAAAUUGUUCGUUUAUUGAGGUUCAAGAGCCAGUUAUGUCAAUUUGUGACAGAAGAUGUGAGAUAGAAAUUACAAAUUGCUUAUUUGUGGCUCCUAAACUUGGACUCAACAUUCAAGGCAGUGGUUUAAUUUCUUUAGACGUCUCAAGAAGCAAAUUUCUUGGCAAACUUGGAUACUCAGUUACAGCAAUUCAGUAUGGCCAGUAUGGCAUUAUUAGCACGUUUUUUAUAAUUGCUAAUAUCACUUACUGUCAAUUUACCAGUUUUGGAUCAGCAGUAAGUUUUUAUCCAACGUCUAUUGUGGUAUCUUCUGCGUAUAAGGUUUCAUUAUAUGUGACGAAUUCCAACUUUACCGGCAACCAUUGGUCACAGGAGUCUGGUGAACAGGGAGCAAGAGGAUCAGCUAUUUCUUUGAUGGAUUCUAGUACGAAUACAAAGGUCGUUAUAACAGGUUGCAUAUUUCGAAAUAAUACUGGCAUUGAAGGUGCAGCUGUUGCACUCAGGCUUAUCAGAAACCAGCUAAAUGCAUACAUAUAUCGCUGUAUAUUUGAGAGCAAUGGAGUAGCUACAUUUGGUGGAGCUAUCAGUACUUAUAGCUCUAGCCCUGCGGUCUUCUCUUUGAAUAUAACGAAUAAUACAUUUCUUAGCAAUUGGGCCUUUUACAACAACGAGACUGAUGUAAAUAUUCCGUCUUACGAUUUAAAUUCCAAAUUUGGCAGUGGGGGUGCAAUCGCCAUUAUGCAGGAUCUAGGUUCAAUGAACGCAGGUUGGGCUCUAAUCGUUGAUAGCUAUUUCGAAGACAAUUCUGCCCAGAUGAUUGGUGGCACUAUCUAUGCCCACGCACCUCUAACAAUUCACUUUUCUACUAUCAAAACACCUAGAGAAAGUCGUUUCCCAAGCACUCAAGGUCAAGCAAUAUUUACUUCAUAUUUUACCAACCUUUACGCGGCUCAUAUUGAAAUCAUGGGGUCCAAUAAUGGGUUUCCUGUUGUACAGUUCGAAGGACCAUACCGAUCAUUAAAGAUGGGAGGCGAUGAAAAAAUAGUCUGCCCAGAGGCGACAAUUCUAAAAGUCUAUACCAAAAGAGUCGCCGACUUGAAAGAGGACAGAAUCCAGUUUUUGAGCAUCCGAUGUGAGUUUUGUGGUAUUGGAACAUACUCACUUAAGAGGGGCAUGUUUUUUGGACUAGCAGUAACUGAUUCACAGUGCUUAAAGUGCCCAUCGGGUGGCACAUGCCUAGAAGGAAAGUUGAAGCCGAAAGAAAAUUUUUGGGGUUAUACAACUAAAAAUGGAAGCUUUGGUAAAUUUACGCAGUUACCCAAAGGCUAUGGAUGCAGAGGGGAUUUGUGCAGCCGGUAUAAUUCAUGUGCAGCCAGAAGAGAAAGCAUACUUUGUGGUCUGUGUAGGAAGGGAUUUGCGCAAAGCAUUUUGUCAACAAAAUGCAUUAAAAAUGAAGCCUGCAAUAUCGAAAAGUUUUGGCUGUUUGCUGCUGUUCUGCUUAUCUUUUACUUUGUUUUAUUCACCUUCAAACAAGAGAUUUCAUUCUUUUUAAAGCGACAUUUGUUUUGGUUCAAGAAAUGGAAUGUUUCAACUGACAACACAUGCCCCUACCUUGACCUGCAAUCAGUCCAAGAAAGAGUUAUGUACCCUGAAAAUGAUGGUAACAAUAACAGUGAUAUUCUUACAGGAUUACUAAAAAUUGCAUUCUACUUUUACCAAAUUAAUGCUUUGUUCAAUUCGUCUAGCAGUGAAGAGGAAAAGUCAAUACUGAAUUUCGCCAAGCAAUCCAUCAAAAGUGUUUUUAGCUUUGAUUUCCUCCCUCAUGGUGGUGCUUGGUCUUGUGCCAUAUCAAAUGCUACACCAGUGUGGAACAAAAUAAUCAGAUUGUGCCUCGUCGCAGCUGUCAUCCUUGUGAUGAUCUUGGCUUUUUUUAUUGCAAAGCUUAUCUCGAAAUUUAUCUCAUCGAAAUUGUCAAAAGCGUUUGCGGACAAAGUGUUGAUUGCUCUAUUUGAGGUUUUACUUUUGAGUUACGCGGCCAUAGCAACAACAACUUUUGCUAUGCUAAGAUGUGACGAUGUCAAUUCAGAGAAAAGACUACAUUUGCAAGGAAACAUCAUUUGCUAUCAGAAAUGGCAAAUUGCUUUUAUGAUUGUAGGCUUAUUCUGGGUACUGCCAUUUUGUGGUUUCAUCUUCGUGCUACCUAGAUUGUUGCUAAAGAAAAAAUUGACACUGCCUUCACUGUUUCUUGGAUGCCUUUCACCACUAGCAUUUCUUCUGUUUGUCUUUAUCAAGUUCAAAUUUCGCACUAAGAAAGUUAUCAUUGAUGUACCUCUUGGAGAUAGAAGUCCUGUUCGCACAACCUUUUUGACGGAUGAUAAUGAUGGAAUUUCUUCUGGAGAUGUUGUUCUAAAUGCCGUGUUUACAGAACGAUGCAAGCCGUUCACUGAUGACAUUAACAGCAGCAAAUACUUUUCAUGGGAGGGUUUCUAUAUCCUUCGCCGAUUGACUCUCAUUUCUGUUUUCACAUUUUCGAAAGAUUCCGUCUGCAAGCUAUACAUAUCAUUGUUUUUACAGAUCUGCUUCCUUUUGCACCAUGUUUACAAGAAGCCCUAUAAAAAUGCCCAACUCAAUGUGUUAGAAAUGUUGUCACUAACAAUGCUUGUUCUCAUAAACAGCAUGGAUUUGUAUUCUGCUUAUGGUAUUGAUCACGGAGUCAGAGAAGAAGGAAAAGGCCUAUUACUUUUGAAAGUAUUUGGAUGGAUAAUGGCUAUGGCAGUUCUGGUGCCUCCCAUAACUUUGCUCUCAAUCCUUUUUUUGUUGCUACUGUGUGCAUUUGGAAGACAAAUGAAAAGGCUCAUUACUGCAAUUUAUUCAGUCUGGAAGAAAGAGUAAAAUAACAAAAACACAGCUACAUAUUUUACUUUUGCUUCCGUAAAGUAACUUCUUACUUGUAUACUCUAUGUACUCUGUAAUAGCUCAAAGUAUUUUAUCGCCUAUGACAUACUACAGUUGCUUAUUAAGGCUAUAUAGAAUGCAAUUCGAUAUGCUAAGACUGGGCAAAGUGGUAAGAAUAAGAAUCAGAUUUGCCCAGCGUAAAGGUGUAGAGAUAUGGUAUUAUCGACAUGAUUUCAUAAGAAACCCCCUGCCCGUACAUUUGAGCUUUCUAUCCCCCUUUGUUAGUAUCUAUACCUCAUCCAAAACCUCGACAUGACCUAUAUGUACGAAAAGACGACAAUUCAUUCCGAGUCAGUUCAAUGCAUCUUAUACACCCUGAAGCAUAUACACCCUUAAGUAAAUGCCAAACGUCAGCGACAUCCAGUGUAUCCAUUGUUCGUAGAAGUUGUCGAUUCUAGAAGACAAGAGCAGAGGGAAUACCUCUCCAAUACAAGGUAAAACCUUAAAGGCAAGAAAAAAACUAAAGCAAUAACUCUUACUCGAGCAAAAGAUUACGCAAAGUAAUUAGUCGUGACCCUAAUUGUUUGUUUUUAUCAUAAAGUUUUUAUGCAAAUAGUAUGCGAUCACUUCGGAUCUUUUUCUUGUAGUGAUUUUGCCUGCAACUCUUAAUUUUUCCGAAAUGGGUUUUACUUUUCUUUUAUUGUUCGACAUGUUUCUUGCAUUUCGAUUUCGCUUUAUAUUUUGCUAAACAUAUUUAUCCAGGUGGCAUAGAUGUGAGAAAUUUGCUUCCACACACCUAUCUAUAGCCAGGCACCGUGGAGCAGGGGGACUUUAGCCCUCCCACUUUUUGCAUGAAAUGCUAAAUAUUAAUUACUCAACUACCAGUAAAGCCUCUUUUUAUACGGUUUUAGCCCCCCCCCACUCUUUUAGACCCCCUCAUUUUUCUCAACGCUCCGCAGUGCCUGAUAGCGUUGUCCUAAAUCGUUUGUUUUGCAAGUAAAUAACAUUUCACUUUUAGAAACUUUAACCUAUGAUUGAAUUUUACUAUUAACUAUUAGAACGUUUUUUUGCAAUUGACUUGCUAUUUAGAUUUUGUCUUAUGAUUAACGUGCAUAUAAUCAUGACUAUUUGUUUGAUAUAACGCAUAUAAAAGGCCCUAGAAUAAGUUAUUUUCUUUCUUAAAUCCAUGCAUAUAAACCACAAACUAGAAAUUUACACGAAAGCUGCUGACACUGUGAACUAAUCUGUAGAAAAUCAAGUAUCUAUAUUAUUUUCCUGAAAAGUAUGAUAAAGAAGUUCAUUGAAAGAAGUUCAAAGCAUUCAUGGCCAUAUACUUAUAAACUAGGAUAACAUACAUAAUUCAACUUCUAGUGACUUCAACAAAUCAAGUCAUUUAUUUUUCAUUUGGUUUUUCAGUUUGGCUUAUAAAGAUGCCCAGUUAAUCCAAAACUAGCAUGGUUAAGUAACAU